CGGACUGUGAUCCCUCGCUCAUAAUCUCACCUGGACCAGAAAGCAGGUGCUCUACUACUCACACACACUCAAAACCCGGAUUUAUCUGCAGAACCUCGGUAAAGUUCAAGGACCAGAGUUCAUGAUAAGGCCAAAUCACGGUUAAUUUGCAAUGCCAAAAAGUGACAUGUGGCCAGGUGGCGUUGCCACGGAGACAGUGGGAGAGAUGGACAGUGCUGAUAGCUGUGACAGUGUGGUCAGCAUCAACUCUUGCUUUAGUGAUGACAGCCUGCAGUAUCUUUCUGCAGAAGAGAAGGCUUGUCUCAUGUUCUUGGAGGAGACCAUUGAGUCUCUAGACACUGAGGAUGACAGUGGUCUGUCCAAUGAUGAAGCUGAAAGUCUUCCUGUCCCUGGAAACGUGGCCAUCAAAACAGCUCACCUUUCUGCUUCCAUGGACCAGAGCAAGCAUAAAGAUGUCCCAAAGCAUUACAUUGAUGAUCCUCGGAUGUUUGGCAGCUCGGAGCACAACCAAAUCCUGAAUUACUUGGUUCCAACUCCUUUCGUUCUGGCAAACAACAAUGCUCAUAUCCCUCCCAAACCAGCUGAUUCCAAAGAGAAACUGCCAUCCAAAGAAGUGACUUCGCACAAAAGUGACAAGGAUGGUCCUCGUGUUCCAUCAGAGGUGAAUGUAGUCGUGAUUCCUCCUCCAGUCAUAGUCAAAAGCAGCAACGAGAGAGAUCGAGGACUGCAGAAUGACCAGUCCCCUCGGGGGCCUCUGACCUAUGAGGGUCUAGUGCAGCUGCGUAAAAAGGUAGCCUUGAGAAAAAACCCUGAAGACGAGAAACAGCCUCAUACACAUUCUAACGAUGGAAGGAAAGUCUUCUCUCAGAACAUCCAACCGAUAGAAAACCAGGGCAGUAAGAACAGUCCUCCAGCCGUGGCCCCCAAACCCAAAAAGAUACCCUCUCACAUAACUGUUCUGAAUCACAAGGGAACCACUGCUCCUAAUGCAGACUCAACUAUACAUUGUUUAUCUACAUCUCCUGGAAGUAAAGGUCUGAUGAAACCAGAGCAAGUGAGGCUGGAGGCUUUAUCUAAACUGGGUCUGCUGAAGGAAUCCGAUUCGAAACCUUCUACCAAAGGCCACCCCAGUGAAAGUCUACAGCCUUCCUCUGGCUCAGUUCCAGACUUGUCCCAGAGUAGGCCACUUCCUCCUUGUGCGUCUGUAAGGAACCAGGAAUCGAGGAACCAACCAAGCCAAGGCAGCAGUGUUCUCCACCAUCGUUCCAUGACUGACCUAGCUACAGUUCCUCCUCAACUGCACCACGUCAAGCCUGCGGGGGGUAAAUCUGCCACCCUGGAGAGGUCUGGAACGGGUUGGGGAAGCAGCAUGUCCAACUCUGAGAUUUCAGACUGUCAAAGUUCUGCAGCUUCUCAGAACCACCUACAACGUUCCUCCACAGUGGUCAGCAGUAGCAACCUUGGAAACAUCCAGAGAGGCAGAAACACUGUGUCUACUGGCAAACCCCAAGCAGCAUCAGGACAAUCAUCCACUGUCCCUCACAAACCUUUACAUGCUCCAGGCCUAAAUGUGCUGGUGGUUCCCAACAUGGGAGAGGAUCGGAGAGAGGCUCUAAGAAAGCUGGGACUGCUGAAGAACUGAAUAUAUGUAACUCAUAGCAGCGCUGAAUAGAAGCACUUGCGUUUUGACCGUUGCCCUGUUUCUUUUUCACAAUACAGAUGUUGUCCAAGAAUUGAUUAUCACCCUGAUGCCUUUGAUUGAGAUACCUUUGAUUUAAUAUCGAACAUCUUUGCAUUGAGAGAUUUUCUUUUUAUUUUUUACUCUCUUUGUAAAUUCAUUUUGAUAAUCUCUUCACAGCUAGAUCAUUUAUAUGUAGUUGUAUGAAUAUGACGAAGUCCUUGUUUUGUGGUUCUCUCACAUCCUGAAAGAAAGAGGCUACCAGUAUUUUACCUCUGCUGGACAACAUCUUUCACUAAUCCUUCUUUAGCCUGAUGCUCAGAUUUGAUUUCUUCGUUAUGCACAGUGUUUCACAGAAACAGCAGAUCUAUUCACAUGGUUUCAGAAAUUCUCAUCACAUCACCUGCACAUGAAUAGCCCCGCAGUCUGCCCGGCCUGAAUGUUGAAAGUUGGCGCCCCUAACGAACCCUGGAUGUCUUUUGGUGCGCUCUACUCUCCGGUAGAUCACCUAUCAGUCAGACUUCUCAUCUUACCCACUAAGUGAAUGAAGGCACAGUCAGCGUUCGGUGGAUUAGCAGAUUAUCUCAGGUUGUGACCAACACCUGACCACACUCGCACAAAAGGCCACUGUUCACAUUACCCAGCUGCUCAGAUUCAUCAGCCAAUAAUCUCAGUAUGGGUUUUAUGGAGACCCAGCUUGCUUUUUUUUCUAAAAUGGAUAGUUCCACUUCUAAAAUCUGUUUAGCCGAGUCAUGUUCAAAGCCAGUGUAAAAUGCUGAAGGGGGCUGGCAAUAAUCUAGACUGGGUGUGACUAGUUUAACUGAUGCCAGUUAUCAGCUAAACCUGGUUAUUUGGUUGAGUGAGUAACUAAGGAGCUAAUUACUUUUUCACACAGGGUCAGUUGGUGUUGGAUUUUGUCAAUAAAUGAAAUUAUUGCUUUAAAAUGA